AUGUUCGAAUCUCAUAGAGCUUAAAGGAUUAUUCCUGGAUAUACAGGCCACAUUCCUGCAGUUGAAUAUACAGAAGAUAUGCUUCAAAUAAACUCAUAAAAAUCACAAAUUCCCGGAUAUGCAGGCUAUAUCCCAAGUAUAAAAAGUGAAAAUAUGUUUGGAAAAACUUAUGGAAAAAUAACUUAUUAAUCUAUUACUAAAUAAAGACAUAAAGGAUAUGAUUUACCUCCUUAAUUAAGAUAUACUUCUACAGUUAAAGAUGAAUUUAGAGAUUAAAAAUAUGUUAGAAAAGAAGAACUAGUUAGAGAAAAUACAAUUUAUUAAGCAAAAUUAGAAUCAAAUGGAUUUGCUUAUUCACCUACUAGAGGCCAUUAUAUUGAUCCUAGUGAAUAUGUUGAAAAGCAAU